AUGGCGGGUCAGUUGUUAGUACGAACAGCUGCGGGCGUGGAACUUCAGGAUCCCGGGCAGGCGGAUGUCAAUGGGAUGCUGGUUGGCUUGAUUCAGUUCCUGUUGCUCCUGGCCGUAGCAGCUUUGAGAAGUUCGACCGUUUCCGCCAGCUUUCCCCUGCCGUUUCUGUUGGGCCUCACGCUGGGCCUGGGCAAUGCGGUGGCUGUGGCCUUCCUUCCGCUGGUCCUGAACGAAGAGAUGGACACCACCAGUGUGCUGGUACCCUUGGUGAGCUUUAUCCUCAUGGGAUGUAUAGCACAGCUCUCUUGGGGCUUCCGCCCUCAGACAGAUGAGUCGGAGCAAACCAGCCUAGCCUUGAGGCUCCUGCGUGACUGCGCGGCCGAGUUCCAGCACCAGACUUCGCCAGCUGAAGGGCCCCGAGUGGUUUCUCACUAUGAGGAAUGCAUGAAGCAGAUGGAUGUGGUGGAAACGGCUCUGCGGCAUCAACCGAAGCUGUCCGAGGAGGUCCUCUUCGAAUUUGGCCAUGUCCUUUCACUUCUGAAGGCGCUGUGGGACGGCUUCCUCCGCCCCAUUGAUGUCCUCGAUGAGUGA